CCAGAAGGGGAAGAAAAAGAGUUGUGGGCUCCACGGUGAUUUCCUUGCCCUUCUUAAAACAGUUAACACUUAACAGCAAGAAGUGAGAACUGAGAAGAAUUAAGCAGUCUUUGAUCGUAAAACUCUCCUCCACUCUCCAGAUUCAUCCAUUUCUGCAUUUUUCUAAUUAAAACCUUCCAACAAACUCAUCGACGCACUAGAGAGAUGCCCGUCAGAGUAUUGGUUGAAAGUUCCACGCCUUCGCAGGUUUCAGGCGCUAAUUCUGGCCAUACUUCAUUCCAAGCUUGUACACUUCUAGGCAUUGGCCAGGCCUUUUCUGGGACACAGAACGUUUCUAGCCUACAAAAGGAUGAAGCAUGGAGAGUAAAUGUUCGUAUACAAGGAUGUGAUCUUGAGCAUGGUUAUCUAUGUGGCACCAUGGAAGCUCUUAAUGUUCCUAUGGCCGACACACCAGUUGUAACAUUCUGGGAAGGGGAGAUUGUUGAUACCAAAAAUUAUACGUUCUUCACUGGCAAAUGGGAAGCAACACCAGAAGAUGAUAUAAGGCACUGGACUAAGUUUCAAUCAUUUUCACCCCUCAUGGGCCAAGUAGAAGUUGAUGGUGGCAAGUCUUUGGACCUAAGCAACUAUCCUUACAUAUUCAUGAGAUGGAAGGAGCAGUAUUUUGUGAAUGUUGGAACCGACUGCGGGUUAACUAUAGCUGGCUUUUACUAUGUUUGUUUCUCUUGCAGUGAUGGAUCUAUAAGCGGGUUUUAUUAUGAUCCCAACAGCAGGUUCUCUUCCUUUUCCUAUUGCCCUUUCCAGAAGCUUGAAUUGAAAUCCACAAAUGAUGGAAGAUCAGGUUUCAGUUUUCCAUCGUAUGAGUUGCAAUAGGUUUCAAGGCAUAUAUAUAAUAUUGUUAAAACUUAAAAGUUCAGCAUCCAACUAAGUCUUGCUUAAAUGUUGGGCCAAUUUGGCAAGACGACCUGGAAGGCUAUGCAAGAGUACAAGAUUGUAUUUUUGUAUGUAAGUUGUGAUGAAAAUAUGACAAAUUCAAGCUUGUUAUUAUCAUGAUUGAUAUUAUUGUAUAAUGAUCACAAAUCAAGGAUUAAUAGAUUAUCAAAUGUUAGAAUCCCCCAA